CACGCAAACUCCUCCAAACAACUUCCAACAAGAACUGGUCGACAAGCCAUUCCGUCCCACCAGAGGACAGGCAAGUGCAUCAACUUCAAAAUGAAGGCUGCCAGUCGUGCAGACCGGGCUGCGUCAAUUCUCGAGCUCCCGGUUGAGGUCCAAACCCAUAUCCUCCAGCAGUUGGCCUACUUGCAUCAUCAGUCGAUGCGCGCGGUCCUGUUGACAUGCAAACACCUCCACCACAUUGCGUUGCCCUUGUCUGUCCACACGUACGAGAAUGUCACCGCAAAGAACAUGAGCCAGCACGCUCAGAAGCGCAGUCGCAAUCUUGACUUCCUCCGGCACAUCACCAUAACACACCCCGAGCUUGCGCACAACGUGCGACGUAUAAGCAUCAUACACGUCUCCACAAGCCUCAUUUACCGGCUCGCCCCCACCAACAAAAGGCCGCUUGGGCCGGCCAGCGAUGAGAUGGCCGCGUACACGGAUCUAAUAGAUGCGUCAGGUCUAUCCAGCCACAUCGAGAAUUGGGACGCUGUCAGGGACGAGUGGCUGCGAGGUCUGGCCGACGGCUUGGUUGAGCAGCAAAUUGGUCUUCUGCUACUUGCAUGUCCGAGGCUCGAGACACUCAAACUUGGAACCCCGCUAUCGCCUCGGCUGCUGCCUCGCCUCAUCAGGGCGGCGGCGAGGCGUGCAAUGAUUUCGACUUCUGGAGCGGCUCCCGGAACCAAACGCCCCCUGCUCGACAGCUUGCGGCAAUAUUUUGGCGAACCAGAAAGCCCAAAGACCUUGUUCCACUUCUUCAACAUUGGCAAAGAAUUCCUCCGACUGCCGCAGUUGCGGUCCUUCGCCUGCGCUAGUCUGUCCAACAGUGGCCCGAACGGACACCUUUUCAACGAAGAAGCCAAUCCUCCAGGCUGCUCAAACGUCCAGCAUAUGACUUUGCUCGACACCAACGUCACGAUAGAGGGGCUGAGAAGUCUCAUAUGGGCUUGCAGAGGGCUGAAAUCAUUCCAUUGGACCCCAGGCGACAGUACCUUCUCCGACAUGCAGAUCAAACUGCCGGACCUUGCUCAGGCCUUGCUGCCGCAUCGAGAGACUCUCCAGCACUUGCACAUUGACUACCAAGACCGCUGGAGGAAAAUGGACUGGUACUGCAAGCGGGACAACUUCUUCAUCGGCACGUUCCUGAGGGACAUGACCUCGAUGAAGACCCUACAUAUCGGCAUGGAGGCUUUCAUGGGGUUUACUGACCUCUGGAACAUGGAUUGCGAGCAGAGUUCGGUGCCCCGGGAGGAGAGGCUCCAUGAAAUUAACAAGGUAUCUCGACUUGUCAGCUAUAUUCCCCCGAGCCUCCAGUUCCUCGAGCUUCACGGCUGUACCCUGGAAAUAGUGCCUCAUGUCCAGGAUCUAUUGAAUCUACUUCAGACGGAAGAGACGUUUGCAAGCAUGCGGAAGAUACGCCUGUGUUUCAGUGCAGAUCAUGUUGAUCCCAGGGCCUUGGCUUUGACUUUCGACGCCAGACGGGUCGAUUUUGGUUAUUCGUUCCGCUUUCAUUCCUCGGACCCGGAAAUUCCAGUAAUGAGACGGUAGCGGAUCCUGGUCUCUCACUGUAUAUUGUACUCAUUUGGAGACUGCAUAGUUCUGAGAUAUCUCUUAGUUAACGAUGGCAGGUUUGCUACAUCGAACAUCAGACACUUUCUCCUUGCCACUUACUCCAUCUCCGAUCCGAUGAGGAAAACCAUAAUUCUCUUAGCGUGGUGGCUUUUUUGAAAUUGUCUAAUAUGUAAUGUGUAGUAGGCUCUGUAUAAUUCCAGUCAAUUCUUGUCCUAUUAGUCGUGGCAGUAUACUGUCCAGAGUCAAAACUUCCAAGUUUAGAGAUAGUCAGAAAAGAAAAAAGAAAAAAGAAAAAAGAAAAGAGGAAGAGCUAGAAUCGGAAAGAGAUAGUACUGUGUAUCUGGAAAAUUGGGCU